CACAGUUUGUCUCCAGGACAACAAGGUUUUUCUACUGAAACUGUCAAAAUGAAGCAGCUUGUUUUCUUCAUGUGCCUCUUGGUCUCUACUCUCGCUGCUCCUGCUCCAGCGAGCGAAAGCAGUGAGAUUGCAGCACAUGCUAAUGAGGCCCUGAGGUGGAUGGAGAUGUACAGGCUGUACCAGCAGCAGGGAAUAGUCCAAAAUCCCUUCGUUCCCUCUGCUAAUUCUCCUGCUGUCUCAGCUGGGGCCACUGUGGAUGCUGCACCAGCCCAGCCUGCUGACGUCCGUCCUCCAGCUCACGUCCCUGUUGGAGACGCUUCAGAGGAGGAGACAGAGGAUGGUAACCCCGCCACCAAAGCUGCAGGACCCGCCCCGCUGAACUCUGAUGAGGUAGAGGAGGCCGAGGAGGUGGAAGCAGCUGAGGCUGACCCAGCCAUGGUUGAAGCGGAGCCUUCAGCAAACCCUGGAGCGGUCGUUGAGCCAGCUGUAGUUGACGUCCCCAUAGAUGUUGCUCCAGUUGAUGAUGCUGCUGCUGUGGACGUACCUCCUGUUGAUGUAGUUCCUGUUGACAGUGCCCCAGCAGCCCCUGAGGUGGCCGUUGAUCCAGCUGCCCCUGCCACCGCCAAUAUACUUGCUGCUGCUGAUGUCCCAGCUGAGGUUGACGCCGGUGCCACUGAUGUCGGUGCAGCCCCACUGGCUGCUGAGGCUAACAUGACAGGAGGGCCAGCAGAUCCCACUGCACUGUAAUCUGCCUCUCAUCACAAGCAAUGAUACUCCUCUGUUAGCAAAUGGAACAAAAGCUGAAAAUAGCUACAGGUGAUGUGUUAAAAGAGACUAAAAAAAUUAAUUGGGAAAAAACUGAACACUUUGUAAAGAGAAUAACCAAAAUGUGUUUUCAGACCUAAUCUAAAAAGUUUUUUUUUGUGGUUUUUCUCUUUUUCUGUAGUUCUGUACUUGAAAGUUUAUUCUUACUCAUCAACACAUUGUAUAAAUGGUUGAGGAUUAUCUUAUGUUUUAUUGUUUUGCCGUACUGUCCACAGCAUUAAACCAUUAAAGUGCCAAAAAAUAACAACAACCGCAA